GUCCGAUUGGGACUGCAAGUGUCUGGCAGUGUGGGCUGGGGCCUUGUCAUUGAGGCAGAGUUGCUUCUGGGCCCCGAGGCAGCUGCCCCAUGCUUUGCUGAGCAGGUACCAUGCUUCCACGCUUCCUGCUGUUGCUGAGCCUCUUGGGCCCUAGCGACAGCCUCCAGUCGUGGGACAUCCAGGAGCACGGAACCAAGGUAGCCUCAGGCCCUGUGCCUCUUCGGGAACGGAGACAAGCAACUGGAGAUGAUGAUUUGGGGGAGUAUUAUUAUUUCCUGGAAGGCACAGAACCCCCAGAAAUGCUGAUCAAUGUCACCAGUGCGGUGGCUGCAAACCCUGAGUCUCCGACCGUGUUGGCCAUGCUGGAGCAGAGAGUUUCUGUGGGGGCCGGAACCUCUGAGUCAACUACUGCCGAGGUUACCGCCACCGGCCCUGCUGGUCCAGACUCAGGAGGACUGGCUGUUGAAAUAGUGAGUACAGAAUCAGCCACAGAGUGGAGGCCAAGCACAGUGGAGAUGACCAUCCAACCAGCAGCCACGGAGGCAGAGACCUCACAGCCAGCACCCACGGAGGCAGAGACCUCACAGCCAGCACCCACGGAGGCAGAGACCUCACAGCCAGCACCCACGGAGGCAGAGACCUCACAGCCAGCACCCACGGAGGCAGAGACCUCACAGCCAGCACCCACGGAGGCAGAGACCUCACAGCCAGCACCCACGGAGGCAGAGACCUCACAGCCAGCACCCACGGAGGCAGAGACCUCACAGCCAGCACCCACGGAGGCAGAGACCUCACAGCCAGCACCCACGGAGGCAGAGACCUCACAGCCAGCACCCACGGAGGCAGAGACCUCGCAGCUUCCCGGGAGUCAGGUUGUAAAAAGUCUGUUCACAGAGGCCACAGCCACAGAAGCACCUUCUACAGAACCCACUGCCACAGAGACCAUGCCCACGGAGUCCACUGCCAGGGAAACCAUGUCCACUGACUCUACCAUCUUCCUUGGCUCAUCUGUGACUCGUAAGGACAAUGACGUGGCAACUGGCCACUUGAAUGACAAUGGCUUGAAGAAUGGGCUGUUUGUGACUCCUAGGAGCUCUCUGGCCACAAUGACCCCAGGGAUCUCGGACCUCAUUCCCGUGAAGCAAUGCCUGCUGGUCAUCCUCAUCUUAGCCUCUCUGGCCACCAUCUUCCUGGUGUGCACGGUGGUGCUGGCAGUCCGCCUUUCCCGUAAGAACCACAUGUACCCGGUGCGGAACUACUCCCCCACUGAGAUGAUCUGCAUCUCAUCCUUACUGCCUGAGGGGGGUGAAGGGGCCCCUGUCACAGCCAAUGGGGACUUGCCCAAGGUCCAGGACCCGAAGACAGAGCCCAGUGAGGACCGCGAUGGGGAUGACCUCACCCUGCGCAGCUUCCUCCCUUAGCCUCCCUGGCUACCUGAGCAAGGCCCUUGCUGUACCUCCACCCACUGUUCGCCAAGGCCACAGAGCUGGGCUUCCUAGGUGGACUUUAUCCAUAGGGAUCUUUAGGGAAGGGGCCUGGACCCACCCCAAUCAGGGCCCAGAGCCUCCAAAGUCCUGCAUCUUCUGCUUCAUUCAUGGAAUCCAGUGGCCUCCAAGCCAAGGACCAUGGUAGCAGCUGCUGCUCCUAGAUGCCUCUCUCCGACCUGUCUGCUGCUUUUUCUGUUGCCCCAGCCACAAUGCCUCCCAGUGCUGUUCAUCUUCCUGCAGGUCACUGAAGUCCUGGCUGCACAUCCCCAAGAAAGAAUGAAUUCCCUUACCCCACUCCCAAACCUUCCUCUCAGUUGCCAUGGUUGCUGAUAAGAAAGGAUCUCUGGGAAGGCUGCCCUCUGGCCAUGUCUGUUUCUCUACCCGCAGUGAGGGGCAGCUCUUGGCCUUCCCAGGCACCUGUCUGAGGAUCCCAGGACCAGGCUUGGGUCUUGUGAACCCCUGAGCUUCUGUCUGGUGACAGUGGCCUCCCAUGGUGGCACAGCACAGGCACUCAAUAAAUGUGUAUGACAAAUGGUGGCUGAGUCCUUUGUGGGCCCAGGCUGCCACCUCCAGGCAGGGUUCCUGAAGGGCUCUCAGGCCAAUCUCUGUCUUCCUCUCAGACAAUAGAGAUUUUUAGUGCCUCCUUGGGUGACUGCAGGGGACAGCACAAUGUAAUUGCACAUGUCUAUGCUCCCAGCACUAGAGAGCUGAGGGGCUGGAGGUCAAGGGCAUCCUUGACGUUGUAGCAAGCUUGAGAGCAGCCUGGGGUCCCUGAGACCCUGUCUCUGGCUGGCUGGCUCAGCAGGUAGGGGCGCUUGCAGCCACGCCUGGUGUCGUAAGCUUGACUGGGGCCUACAUGGUGGAAGGAGAAAACUGCUCCCCAGAAAUUGUCCUCGGACCUCCACACACAAUAAACAAACAAAA